AUGGCAGCAGCUUAUGCAGCUCUUGUUUCUGCUAUGAAUAUCAUAAACAACCUUCACCAUCAUCCUCGCCCUCCUGUUUCUCUCCACACUAAACAAGUUGAGUCUCUCACUGAAAAAAUCAGAUUCCUGCUCGAAUUUCUCGAGGGGUAUAACCCCCAUCGUGGCUACUCCAACGAAGCGGAUCCAUUGGAGUCUCGCAUUGCAGAUGCAGCUUAUGCGGCCGAAUACGCCAUUGAAUCUCAUAUUUUCGAUCAGUUCACAAAUAAUGGAGAAAGUAUGAGUUAUGAUGACUUGUAUGAAGCUCUGGAGAAGGUGAUACAAGAUAUGGCUUCUAUCGAAGAAGAAGCAGAGCAAAUUCAAGGGAGAGUUGGACUCCAACAACAGCUGCACACAAAGUCAACACCUUCGGAUUCGUCGAGAUCUUCUUCGAUCCCGCAGCGGAGUAGCAUGGUGGGUGCUGGUGAUGUCAAGCUUCAAAUGAUGGAUAAGCUCACUUUUGAUCGCCUUCAUCUACAGAUCAUUCCCAUUGUAGGGAUGGGCGGCUCCGGUAAGACCACUCUUGCUAGAACUGUUUACGAAGAACGUCUUAUUAAGGAGCAUUUUGAUAUUUGUGCGUGGGCUACCAUCUCUCAAGAGUAUGUCAUUAGAGAUAUUUUUGCAGUAGUUCUCCGUCAGUUUAAUAUAGGAGUUGAUGACAAUUUGAGUGAGGAUGAAUUAGGAGGAAAGUUGUAUAGGCAUCUGUAUGGUAGAAGAUACCUAAUUAUAAUGGAUGAUAUGUGGAGCAUUGAUGCAUGGGAGAGAGUUAGGAAUUAUUUUCCAAAUAACAAAAAUGGUAGCAGAAUAGUGGUAACAACAAGGCUAUCAGAUAUGGCUUCUACAUUACCCAACUCUAAUAUUCUUGGGAUGGAACUUUUGGAUGAGGCUCAUAGUUGGGAGCUUCUCUCCAAAACUGUGUUUGGGAAAGAAGGUUGCCCUCUUGAAUUGGAGGAAAUCGGAAAAAAGAUUGGAAAAAGCUGUAAAGGACUUCCUUUGUCAAUUGUUGUGGUGGGAGGCCUUUUGGCCAAGUCCAAACAUACAAGAGAGUGUUGGGAAGACAUAGGGGAAAACUUGAAUGCAAGUGUACUUAAUUUAGAGGAUGAUGAACGUUGCUUGAAAAUACUAUAUAUGAGUUACAAGCAAUUACCAAUACAUUUGAAACCAUGUUUUCUCUAUAUGGGAGUUUUUCCCGAAGAUGAGGAGAUUGCUAUCUCUGGCCUCAUUAAAUAUUGGGUUGCGGAGGGAUUUCUGAAAGCGCCAGUAAGUGGGAAAAGCUUGGAAGAGAUUGCAAAAGAGUAUUUAAAAGAUCUUGUUGGUAGAAAUCUUGUUUUAAGGAGUGCUGCAAAAUUCAUGACUUGUUGA